CUGAGAGUAGAGUACAGGGUGCAGAGCCAGCGCUGAGAAGACAGACCCUUCGCAAAGCUUGGGGUAGCCUCCAGCGUUCCGGGGGCCAUCCAUCACAACCUUAGUGGGAAAAUGAGCGAAGACACAGUCCCUGAGGCCGCCUCACCGCCGCCCCCACGUGGGCAGCCCUACUUUGACCGCUUCUCGGAGGAGGACCCCGAGUACCUGCGCCUUCGCAACCGGGCUGCCGACCUGCGGCAGGACUUCAACCUCAUGGAGCAGAAGAAGCGCGUCACCAUGAUCCUGCAGAGCCCUUCUUUCAGGGAGGAGCUGGAAGGCCUGAUCCAGGAGCAGAUGAAGAAGGGGAACAACUCCUCCAACAUCUGGGCCUUGCGACAGAUUGCGGACUUCAUGGCCAGCACCUCCCACGCAGUCUUCCCAACAUCUUCCAUGAACUUCUCCAUGAUGACACCAAUCAAUGACCUCCACACUGCCGACUCCCUGAACCUGGCCAAGGGAGAGCGGCUCAUGCGAUGCAAGAUCAGCAGUGUCUACCGACUCUUGGACCUCUACGGCUGGGCCCAGUUGAGCGAUACCUAUGUCACGUUGAGAGUCAGCAAGGAGCAGGACCACUUCCUGAUAAGUCCGAAGGGAGUUUCCUGCAGUGAAGUCACAGCAUCCAGCCUGAUCAAGGUGAACAUUCUGGGAGAGGUGGUGGAGAAGGGCAGCAGCUGCUUUCCGGUGGACACCACAGGCUUCUGUCUGCACUCGGCCAUCUAUGCAGCCAGGCCGGACGUGCGGUGCAUCAUCCACCUGCACACACCGGCCACAGCAGCGGUGUCAGCCAUGAAGUGGGGCCUCCUGCCUGUCUCCCACAAUGCCCUGCUGGUGGGGGACAUGGCCUAUUAUGACUUCAAUGGGGAAAUGGAGCAAGAAGCUGAUCGUGUCAACCUGCAGAAGUGCCUUGGACCCACCUGCAAGAUCCUGGUGCUAAGAAACCACGGCGUGGUUGCUUUAGGUGACACCGUGGAGGAGGCAUUUUACAAGGUCUUCCACCUGCAGGCUGCAUGUGAGAUCCAGGUGUCGGCUCUGUCCAGUGCCGGAGGAGUGGAGAACCUCAUUCUCCUGGAGCAGGAAAAGCACCGGCCCCACGAGGUGGGCUCUGUGCAGUGGGCAGGGAGCACCUUCGGACCCCUGCAGAAGAGCCGGCUAGGGGAGCAUGAGUUUGAGGCCCUCAUGAGGAUGCUGGACAACUUGGGCUACAGAACAGGCUACACAUACCGCCACCCCUUUGUCCAAGAGAAAACCAAACACAAAAGUGAGGUGGAGAUCCCAGCCACGGUCACAGCCUUUGUGUUUGAGGAGGAUGGUGCCCCAGUGCCUGCCUUGCGGCAGCAUGCUCAGAAGCAACAGAAAGAGAAGACCCGUUGGCUGAACACACCCAAUACCUACCUGAGGGUCAAUGUGGCGGAUGAAGUCCAGAGGAGCAUGGGAAGCCCCCGGCCCAAGACCACAUGGAUGAAGGCUGAUGAGGUAGAAAAAUCCAGCAGUGGCAUGCCAAUCCGGAUCGAAAACCCAAACCAAUUUGUGCCUCUCUACACUGACCCUCAAGAAGUGUUGGACAUGAGGAACAAGAUUCGAGAACAAAACCGACAAGACGUGAAGUCAGCAGGGCCUCAGUCCCAGCUCCUGGCAAGUGUCAUCGCUGAGAAGAGCCGAAGCCCGUCUACAGAGAGCCAGCUGAUGUCCAAGGGUGAUGUGGAUACCAAAGACGAUUCAGAGGAGACGGUACCCAACCCCUUCAGCCAACUCACUGACCAGGAGCUGGAGGAGUACAAGAAAGAGGUGGAGAGGAAGAAACUAGAGCUGGAUGGAGAGAAGGAUGCCGCUGCAGAAGAGCCUGGCUCCCCUGCAAAGUCUGUGCCUGCUUCUCCAGCACAGAGUCCAGUGAAGACAGAGGCAAAGAGCCCCGUGGUCUCUCCUUCCAAGUCGACUGAGGAAGAUACUAAGAAGACAGAACCAAGCAAAGCCACCACAGAGCCUGAACCAGCCCAGCCGGAAGGGGUGGUGGUCAAUGGGAAGGAGGAAGAGCAGUCGGCAGAGGAAAUCCUUAGCAGAGGCUUGAGCCAGAUGACCACCAAUGCUGACACAGAUGUUGAUACCACCAAGGACAAAACUGAGUCAGUCACCAGCGGCCCCAUGUCCCCAGAGGGCUCACCUUCCAAGUCUCCCUCAAAGAAGAAAAAGAAAUUCCGAACCCCUUCCUUCCUGAAAAAGAGCAAAAAGAAAGAGAAAGUGGAGUCCUGAUUUGUGGUACCCGUGGACUCCCAGCAGCAUCCUCUCCUUCCUCCCUCCCCUUUUUCCCAACUCUGUCCCUGGCAGCACAGGGCCAAGGAGGGAAACAAUAGGAACCUGGAUUACAUUCAGAGGGGGAGCUUAGCGAUCACUCAACCAAUCCCUCAUUUUACAGUUACCCCAGAGAAAUCAGGUGACUUGCCCAAGGCCACACAGAUAGCGGCAGAGCCUGCACUGGAAUUCAGGCCUCUGGACUCCCAGUCUAGUGCUCUUUCCAUGUUACAACACUGCCUCACUGUGGCAACCUUCAUUAGGAUGUUGCCUGCCAGUCUGAGCCCAGGGCGAGAAGGUCAGUAAUGAACCAUGAGCUCUCAUCAGCUCAGAUUAAAUCAGACAGGUUGAGGCUUCCCCUGAGUGAGGUCCAUCUCUUCCAGGAAUCCCAUCAUCUAUGAUGGAGCUAUCUCCACGUUAAGAAAUCUCACUUCUCCUUUCCACUUUUGGUCCCUGUCCUGUGCUCAAAGUAACCAGAUCAAUUGACCUACCCCCCAUGAUAUAGAAGUUAAUGUUUACUCCCAAGGCUGAUGGCUUAGCUUAUACUUCCCCAAACACUAACCUUGAGCUUUCUUCAUGGAACCUCUUAAAUGAUGGGUGGAAGAGUUGUAAGAGAUGCCUGAUGUGAGGGUGACCCAUGUAAGUCAAUGGCUAGGGAUGGUUUAAUUAACUUAAGCCAGGAAUUGGAAUGUUUGUAUCGUGCAUCUCAAGUGCUUCAAAACUAAAACCAAAUUUAGCGUAAGAAAUGUUGUCUCAUGCUCAGGGCGGAAAUUUUGGGAAAUUUAAACCCUCUGUUGGCUUUGAGUUGUACAAGGAGGAUCAAAAUAGCACAGGAAAUGCUUUGCUUUUCUAGCUUUGCAUGAUAUACAGCAACGCAGCUGUGCCUGCCUCACUCUUGUCCAGCAGUCAGGUAUCCCCUGAGCUUUGCUCAAAUCCAGGAGCAUCUGCUUGCAGACCAGAACUGGCAUCUUACUCUUGGUACCUUCACCUUGGCUCCUUUGGGGUUCCAACUCUGAGUCACUCUGGAUCCAACAGAGGAGAAUCAGAAUGAGUUUUCGGGAUUGAUCCUCUUGGACCAAUGCUCAGAGAAACGCUUGGGUGUCCCCAGCCAUGUCAUUAUCUGUCCAUUCUGGACUUGGUGAUGCCAUACCUAUUGUUUGAACUGCCAAUGCUUUCCUUUUCAUAUUUUUCCAUGGGACAUUGAUAAAUGAGCAUUGUUGGCUCACAGACAAUUGAUUCUCU